AGAGGCACCCCCUCUGAGCUUGAUAGGGACGUUCAUGAAUUUUGUAUCUCUUUCUAUGUAUUUGUAUAUGCGGCUGUGUUCGUUCUUAUUGUAGUGGAGAUUAUUUGAACAACAAGAUUAAAAAGAAAAUUCAGAAGAAUCUGCAGUUGUGGCUACUACUCGGCGGCUGCCUUCCGAUUCUGGCGCCUUUGCGGAUUGGGUGGCUUCAUCUUCCGCCUCAGCGGGGGACCUCUCCUUAGGCUUCAAUGCGGGCCCCGCCACCGCAGCGGGUGGCAGCGCCGCCAACAACAGCGGACCUGCAGCCGCUGGGGGAAUGUGGUCGUCCGCCGCGGCUUCCACCAGGCACAUCAACUGUGGCCUCCCUCCCGAAUUCUUCUUUGUCGCGCCGGCUUCUUCUUUCCAGCCCCCUUGUGUCACGCAGCCGAGUAUUGCCGGCGGUGCUGCGGCGGAUGAAGACUUGUUAAACAACGCCCGCAGCCGCGCUGCCGGCGGGGGUAUGCAGCUGUGGCAACACCAGCAGGGACAGAAUUCUUACAACUUGAAGAAACCCAUGAUUCUUGAACAUACAAAUCUUCUACAAACUGGAAGUGGAGGAAGUAGUGGUGGUGGAAUUGGAGGAUCUUCCUCAAUGGGAGCAACCACUUGCCAAGAUUGUGGAAACCAAGCCAAGAAAGACUGUUCACACAGGAGAUGCAGAACUUGUUGUAAAAGUAGAGGCUAUGAUUGUGCUACCCACGUGAAAAGCACUUGGGUUCCCGCUGCCCGCCGCCGCGAACGGCAGCUCAUGGGCGGCAACCCUGCUGCUGCGGGGUCUUCACAGUCUACCUCGGGUACCAAGAAACCUAGACUCGGCGGCGCAUCUCAAACUACUACAACUGCUUCUCAUACUUCAACUUCUAACACCACACCCCCGAGAAGCUUUGAAACCAGCUCUAGCCAUCAAGAUGCAAGUUUUAAGGAUUCAUUGCCAGGCCAAGUUCGUGCACCGGCAGUUUUCAAGUGUGUGAGAGUAACUGCACUUGAUGACGGGGAGGAUGAGUAUGCAUAUCAGGCGGUGGUGAGAAUAGGCGGUCACGUUUUCAAAGGUUUUCUGUAUGAUCAAGGGGUUGAAGGAAGAGAUGGGCUUCCGAAUAUAUCCGAAUUACACUUGGGCGGCGGCGGUGGAGGUAAUGGUGGUGGGCGGAAUGGAGCUUCCUCUUCACCCCCAGUUCUUGAUCCUUCUGAUAUAUACGCCGCCUCGGGUGGCGGGUUGCUUGGAGGAUCAAGUUAUGGUAACCCCAUAAAUUGAUUUUGUAUCAGGGUCUCUGAACUCUGAUGAUGAAAUGACAUUUAUUAUCUCUAAUUACCACUGUUGGUAAUAGGAUCUUGAUAAUUCUUCUUCCAUGCUUUUUCCAUUUUUAACCAUUUUCUUGACUUUUGGUUUUCUGCACUUGCCUCUAGGCACCCUAGAUGCCUCACUCAUCUCCACAAGAAAAUAUUCUCGUCCGUCAAUCAAUCACACCGCAAGUGUAGUAUUAUUACACCUAUUUUGGGUUUGAUAAGCAUCUGACAUAUAACAAGUCAUGUAAUACACUUGUUAUGUGAUUAAUUUAGAUUUGACUAAAACACUUUUAGUCAUUCUUGGAAGGAAGAGUAUUACACCGUCAAUAAAUUAAUUCCUUUUCUUACACUAGCCAGGCUACAUGUUGUCUAUAUGUAUGUAUGUUUUGUAUCAACACACUUGCAAGUAAUAAUGUAAGCAAGUGUGCAUAAUAAGUACUUGUGUUUAUGAGAAACUCAUGACUUGAAAUAUGUAUGAUAUUAAUGUUACUGCUCUUGAUCAUUCUAUGAACCUUAUCUUGUCCCAUAACAUAAUAUAUGUCUAGCGAUCAAUCUUUGUA